GCAAAAUCUGUCGUUUUCCUCUUCUUGAGAGAAGAGAGCAGGUCUCAUGGCGAAACAGUUUCUUCUUCGUUCUCCUCUAAUGCCUCUUCUUCACAACCGUUGCUCCUUCUCCAGAAACGUCACCGUUUAGUAGCUUCCUCCUUCAUGAAAUGCUGCAACUGCUUCUUUUAAAUCUGCCGAUUCAAUCUCACAACGACACCGUUUUCUGAUUCUGUAGACGAAAUUUCAAGAGAAAGGAGGUGAGUUUCAGAGUUUGUCAAUGGAGCAUUACGAGGUUCUUGAGCAAAUUGGGAAAGGGUCCUUUGGGUCUGCUCAUCUUGUGAGGCAUAAGCAUGAGAAGAAAUUGUAUGUUCUGAAGAAAAUCCGGCUUGCUCGGCAGACUGGUAGGACAAGAAGAUCUGCUCAUCAAGAGAUGGAGUUGAUUAGAAAGAUAAACAAUCCAUUCAUUGUGGAGUAUAAAGAUUCUUGGGUUGAGAAGGGGUGCUAUGUGUGCAUUAUCAUAGGCUAUUGCAAAGGAGGAGACAUGGCUGAAGCGAUAAAGAAAAUGAAUGGUGUACACUUCUCUGAAGAGAAACUCUGCAAAUGGCUUGUUCAGAUCUUGAUGGCUCUUGAAUACUUGCAUGCCAAUCACAUUCUCCAUCGCGAUGUCAAGUGUUCAAACAUAUUCUUGACAAAGGAUCAAGAUAUACGUCUAGGCGAUUUUGGACUUGCCAAGGUCUUAACAUCUGAUGACCUCGCAUCUUCAGUGGUUGGAACUCCAAGCUACAUGUGCCCCGAGCUACUAGCUGAUAUACCCUACGGGUCCAAGUCUGAUAUUUGGUCUCUUGGAUGUUGUAUGUAUGAGAUGACAGCUAUGAAGCCUGCAUUCAAAGCUUUUGACAUGCAAGGACUAAUAAACAGGAUUAACAGAUCAAUUGUUCCUCCACUUCCAGCGCAAUAUUCUGCUGCCUUCCGGUGUCUGGUUAAAAGCAUGCUUCGGAAAAAUCCUGAACUCAGACCAAGCGCUGCCGAGCUUCUCAGACAACCGUUGCUUCAGCCGUAUAUCCAGAAGGUUCAUCUGAAAGUGAAUGAUCCAGGAAACAAUGUGUUGCCUGUGGAAUGGCCAGAAUCUGAAUCUGCCAGGAGAAGCAGCUUUCCUGAACAGAGAAGGCGUCCUCCAGGAAAAAGCAAGAGCUUUGGUCCAAGCAGGUUUAGGGGUAACGAGGAAGAUUCUAUUUCUUCGAUUAAAAAACCUGUGCCUGCAUAUUUGACUACAGAUGAAAGUGGUGAUGGAACGGUUGUUUGUAGAACCACAGAGGCUUCUAAAAGUUCUAAGUAUGUUCCAGUGAGAGCUUCAGCCUCACCUGUGCGAUCAAGACAGCCUAAGAGUGACCGUGGACAACUUCCUGUUUCGUCACAACAAACCAACAGAAAAUCAGCAGCUUUGAUUCGUAGAGCAUCCAUGCCUAGCUCAAGAAAACCUGUAAAAGAAAUCAAAGGCUCUCUAUACAACUCGAAAACCAGCAUUCUCCACCAGAUAAAAUCUCCUGAUGUGUCAAUGAACGCACCAAGAAUCGACAAGAUUGAGUUUCCACUAGCGUCAUACGAGGAAGAGCCAUUUGUUCCGGUUGUGCGUGGGAAGAUGAAGAAGAAAGCAUCGUCUAGAGGUUCAUACAGCCCACCUCCAGAGCCACCACUAGACUGCUCAGUCACGAAAGACAAAUUCACCCUUGAGCCAGGCCAAAACGUAGAAGGAGCUAUUAUGAAGGCUGUGUAUCAGUAUGAAGAAGUAUACCCUGAAAACAAGAGCGACUCAUCUGAUCAGAAUGCAACUGCUGGAGCAUCAAGCAGAGCUUCGUCUGGUAUAAGAAGACAGAGAUUUGAUCCUAGUUCUUAUCAGCAACGUGCUGAGGCGUUGGAGGGAUUGCUUGAAUUCAGUGCGAGAUUACUUCAAGAUGAGAGGUACGAUGAGCUGAAUGUUUUACUGAGACCAUUUGGUCCAGGCAAAGUCUCACCCAGAGAGACAGCGAUCUGGUUGUCCAAGAGCUUCAAGGAAACUACUAAGCUGGAAGAUUGA